CAUGGAUGAAGCACUGUUCGUCGCAUACACGAUAUAUAUAUCUCAACUUCCCAAGUGACAAUUGACCGUCGACUACUGAUUGCUAUUUAUUACUCCAUAAGGAUUUUGAGUCCCUUUGAGCUUUACAAACCAUUCCCUCAACAUGCGCGCAUUACGAUAUCAUGGUAUCAAGGACCUGAGACUCGAGCAUGACGUGGGAGAGCCGGAAUGUACAGAGACGAGUGUGAAGAUUAAGCCGGCCUAUUGUGGUAUCUGUGGGACUGACUUACACGAAUAUUCAUCACCUACAUUUAUUCCAUCAAAGGAUGCACCACAUCCUGUGACCAAGGAAUCUAUGCCCAUAACCAUCGGGCACGAAUUUAGUGGUGAAAUCGUCGAGAUUGGAUCCAAGGCGCGAAACCCCACGAACCUCAAAGUCGGAGACAAGGUCGCCGUUCAACCCACCAUCGCCUGCUUCUCCUGCGGGCCCUGCCACGAAGGGGCCAUCAACUGCUGCGACGGGGCCGGGUUCGUCGGCCUCAGCGGCGGUGGGGGCGGCAUGAGCGACUUCGUCUGCGUCGACCCGCAGUUCGUGUUCAAGCUGCCGGACGGCGUCGGCCUGGACGUCGGCGCCCUCGUCGAACCGCUCGCGGUCGCGUGGCACGCCGUCGACCAGUACCCCGUCGGGCCCGGCACCCAGGCCAUCGUGAUGGGCGCCGGGCCGAUCGGGCUGGGCGUGAUCCAGUGCCUGAGGGCCCGCGGGGCCGAGACGGUCGUCGUCGUCGAGAUGGCCGAGGAACGGCGGAACUUCGCCAGGCACUUCGGCGCAACCCACCUGAUCGACCCGACCAGGGAGGACGUGGUCAGGGCGGCCAAGGAGAUUUGCGGCGACGGGCAGGGCCCGCACGUGGCCCUCGACGCGGCCGGCGUGCCCGCCAGCAUCAAGAGUGCCGCCUUGUCGGUGAGGGCCAGAGGGACGAUUGUCAAUCUGGCCAUAUGGGAAAAGGAGGUACCGUUCCAACCCAACAGUUUGGUGUUUGGGGAGAAGAAAUACGUCGGUGUGUUGGGGUAUCUUCAAAAAGAUUUCGCCAGUGUGAUCCGCGCCCUCGGAGAUGGAAGCCUGAAGCCCGAGAGGAUGAUCACGAGCAAGAUCAAGAUCGACCGCGUUCCCGAAGAUGGGUACCGGCCUCUGAUCGAGGAGAAAGACAAGGACGUCAAGAUCUUGGUGGACUGUAGAGGAUGAGGUGAACGAGUUUUUUUUUUCUUACCGGGUCGGAUCGCCAACGGAACCAGUUGUGUUUGCAACCAAAUCGAUAGGUCUACCAACCAAGGUAUUUAUCAAAAUGACAAGAUGCCGACUCCAACGUUUAAUCAGAGCAAAACGAGACCCGACG